AUGCCCCGUAAUGCAUCCGUCAUCUUGCGCUAUGGGCCUUACAGCGCAUUAGGACUGUGGGUGGAGCACCGCACCUAUCGCCUGGAGGGCCUGCAAGCUGUGCUGACCGAAGAUGGGCACCAGAUCACCCUAGAAGAGGUAGAAGACCAGAAUAUUGUAGAACUCCUAGUUAAUGGAGAAGUUGUCUUCCACUGCAACAUCCAAGAACUGGAGUUUGGAGGUGAUGGUAAACUAGACCCACUGUGUGAAGAGGCCAGAACUGCUGUGCUAGAAGCUUACUGA